AUGGCUGAUCCGUUUGGAGAUUUGUUCAGCGUGUUUGACGACGAACAGAAGCCCACUACGAGCAAGCAAACGCCGGCCUCUGUCGCUACAGAAACUGGGAAAGCGACAGUUCUAGAUAAUGACAACGAUGCUCGCCCUGCUACCAAGACCAAAAGGGAGCUGCCGGACAUUGACGGAGGAGAGGAGCUGAGUUUGGGAAAGAAGGCUCGCCUUGACCCAGUCUCCAACAAUGACCUCAAUAUUGCAGAAUUUAUGCCCCAAGUCAAAGUGGAGCCAGUGGAGACAGGGGAAGGCUGCUCACAUGAGGUCGCUCUGCCAGCCAGUGAUGAAUAUAAACCUCUCAAGCCUCGAGUUGGAAAUGCAGCCAAGGAGUACCCUUUCGUUCUGGACCCCUUCCAGCAGGAGGCCAUUUUGUGCAUCGACAACAACCAGUCUGUGCUCGUCUCUGCGCACACUUCGGCUGGCAAGACUGUCUGUGCCGAGUAUGCCAUCGCGCUGGCCUUACGCGAAAAGCAACGUGUAAUCUUCACCAGCCCCAUCAAGGCGCUCUCCAAUCAGAAAUACCGGGAGAUGUACGAGGAGUUCCAAGACGUGGGGCUUAUGACAGGCGACGUCACCAUCAACCCCACUGCCUCUUGCCUCGUCAUGACAACAGAGAUCUUAAGAAGCAUGCUAUACCGCGGCUCAGAGAUCAUGAGGGAAGUUGCAUGGGUCGUCUUUGACGAGAUCCACUACAUGAGAGAUGCCGAGCGUGGUGUGGUUUGGGAGGAGACCAUCAUUCUGCUCCCGGACAAUGUGCAUUAUGUCUUUCUAUCAGCCACCAUCCCCAACGCCAGACAGUUUGCUGAAUGGAUAUGCCACCUUCAUAAGCAGCCAUGCCACGUAGUUUACACUGAAUACCGACCUACGCCAUUGCAGCACUACAUUUUCCCAGCAGGGGGCGAUGGACUCCACUUGGUGGUGGAUGAGAACGGAGACUUUAGGGAGGACAACUUCAACACAGCCAUGCAGGUUCUGAGGGAUGCAGGGGAUCCUGGGAGCAGCAAUUCAGGUUGCAAGUGGGACCCAAAAGGACGCAAAGGAGGGACAAAAGGUCCUUCCAGCGUGUUCAAAAUUGUCAAGAUGAUUAUGGAGAGGAACUUCCAGCCUGUCAUCAUCUUCAGCUUCAGCAAGAAGGAAUGUGAAGCAUAUGCUCUGCAGGUGGCGAAGCUGGAUUUCAACAAGGAAGAGGAGAAGCGUCUAGUAGAGGAAGUGUUUACCAAUGCGGUGGACUGCCUGUCAGACGAAGACAAAAAGCUUCCUCAGGUGGAGCACGUGCUCCCGCUGUUAAAGAGAGGCAUUGGCAUCCACCACGGUGGUCUCCUGCCCAUUCUGAAAGAAACCAUUGAAAUCCUCUUCUCGGAAGGCCUGAUCAAGGCCCUCUUUGCCACCGAGACAUUCGCCAUGGGGAUCAACAUGCCGGCGCGCACUGUGCUCUUCACCAGCGCCCGGAAGUAUGACGGCAAGAAUCACCGCUUUAUUACCUCAGGCGAGUACAUCCAGAUGUCAGGGCGUGCAGGCAGGAGAGGAAUGGAUGACAGAGGGAUCGUUAUCUUCAUGGUGGAUGAGAAGAUGAGUCCAUCUGUGGGCAAACAGCUGCUCAAGGGCUCAGCGGAUCCUCUGAACAGCGCCUUCCACUUGACGUAUAAUAUGGUGCUAAACUUGCUGCGAGUGGAAGAGAUCAACCCAGAGUACAUGCUAGAGAAAUCCUUCUACCAGUUCCAACACUACCGAGCGCUGCCAGGCGUCGUUGAGCGAAUUAAGAAGCUGGAGAAGGAGUACAACGCCAUCGUGAUUCCCAACGAGGAGAGCGUGGUCACCUACUUCAAGAUCCGCCAGCAACUGGCCAGGCUGGGAAAAGAAAUCCAAGAAUUCAUUCAUAAGCCCAAAUACUGUUUGCCUUUUCUGCAACCCGGACGCCUUGUCCAGGUAAAAAAUGAAGACGCGGACUUCGGCUGGGGUGUUGUCGUCAACUUCUCCAAGAAAUCCAACGUGAAGGUCUGCACAGACACAGAGCCGCUGUUUGUGGUGGAAGUGCUGCUUCAUUGCAGCAAGGACAGCGUCAAGGAGGCAGCCACUGAGGCGGCCAAACCUGCUGCGCCAGGCGAGACCGGCGAGAUGCAGGUGGUUCCCGUGAUGCUUCACCUUCUGACGUCCAUCAGUUCUGUGCGUCUGUACAUCCCAAAAGACUUGAGACCAUUUGACAGCCGCCAGCUCAUGCUCAAGUCCAUCCGGGAAGUGCAGAAGCGUUUCCCGGACGGUGUCCCCCUCCUGGAUCCUGUGGACGACAUGGGCAUCAAGGACGCGGGGCUGAAGAAGGUGAUCCAGAAGGUGGAGGCUUUCGAGCACCGAAUGUACUCGCACCCGCUGCACAGCGACCCCAACCUGGAGGCUGUCUACUCGCUGUGCGAAAAGAAGGCUCUGAUCUCCGCUGAUGUGCGCACAGCCAAGCGCGAGCUGAAGAAGGCUCGAACGGUGCUGCAGAUGGACAAGCUCAAAUGCAGGAAGCGAGUGCUGCGACGCCUUGGCUUCGCCAGCCCGUCAGACGUCAUCGAGCUGAAAGGACGCGUGGCCUGCGAGAUCAGCAGCGCUGACGAGCUGCUGCUGACAGAGAUGGUGUUCAACGGCCUCUUCAACGACCUGACGACAGAACAAGCCACCGCGCUGCUCUCCUGCUUUGUCUUCCAAGAAAAUGCUAGCGAGCUGCCAAAACUGACUGAGCAACUGGCCGCCCCCCUCAGACAAAUGCAGGAGUGCGCCAAACGCAUCGCCAAGGUGUCCGCCGACGCCAAGCUGGAAGUGGACGAAGACGACUACUUGGGCCAGUUCAAGCCACACCUGAUGGACGUGGUGUUCGCGUGGGCCAAUGGCGCCACCUUCGCACACAUCUGCAAGAUGACCGACGUCUUUGAAGGUAGCGUCAUCCGUUGCAUGCGGCGUCUAGAGGAAGUGCUACGGCAAAUGUGCUCAGCCGCCAAAGCCAUCGGCAACACGGAGCUGGAGAACAAGUUUGCCGAAGGAAUCACAAAGAUCAAGAGGGACAUCGUAUUUGCCGCCAGCCUUUACUUGUAA